CGGCAAAUGUAAUGACGGAAACAUGUGUUGGAGGCAGACCUAAAUAAUAUGUCUGCUCAUAGUCAACGAGUGGUCAAUGACUUUGAAGAUUAUUGUAUUCUACAUUUAUCGAAGACUCUACACUAUCCCGAGCUUCAUUUCACUCAGCUUUGGUGCUCCUUGUUAAUUGUUCCGCUGCGCGUAAGGCAUUUACGCUUCGGAUUUGGUCGCCAUGUCCAUCAUCCAGAUCCCGGUCACCGCUAAUGCUGCUGGGGAGCAACAGAACGCCAACCCUGUUCUCGAACCAGUGCAAGUGGCUUUUGACUUCGAAGAGGCCCGCAAGAUCAUCAACACACACCUCGAUGACCUGGACUCUUCUCUUCACGACAACAUCAACAAACAACUACACGCAAACCCAGAAACAGCAUACAAGGAGUUCUUUGCUCACGAUACAAUCACAACUUAUUUAGAAAAGCAAGGGUUCACUGUGAAAAGGCAAACCUAUGGCCUCGAAACGAGCUUCGAGGCCGAAAUAGGCACCGGCGGCCGCCAAGUCGUUGUUUGCGCUGAAUACGAUGCUCUGCCAGACAUUGGCCAUGCCUGCGGACACAACUUGAUUGCAACGUCCUCAAUUGCGGCAUUUCUGGGAGCUGCUCGCGCACUCGUCGACUUGAAAAUUCCUGGCCGCCUACGCAUCCUCGGUACCCCAGCCGAAGAAGGGGGUGGCGGUAAAGCGAAGCUCAUUGAUGCUGGCGCCUUCGAUCCACCCAAGGAUAUCGCAGCUGCCAUUAUGGCACACCCAACUGCAGCUCACCAGGGCGGCAGCGGAGAUGGUUCCUCGGGACUGGCAGGCUUCAAGCUCAUUGCAAGCCACAAGUUCCGCAUUGAAUUUCGUGGGAAGCCAGCUCACGCAGCAGGUGAGCCAUGGAAAGGGCUGAACGCAUUGGAUGCAGCUGUAGCGGCCUACAGCAACGUGGCUCUCUUAAGGCAGCAAAUCCAGUCAGACGAAAGAGUUCAUGGUGUAAUCGAAGUCGGUGGCACCGUUCCCAACGUCAUCACGGACUAUACCCGUAUGAAUUGGAAUGUUCGCAGCCCAACGAUCAAGCGAGCUGAUGCACUGUUGAAGAGAGUCAAGGCAUGCCUGGAAGCAGGCGCAGCAGCGACGGGCUGCGAGAUGAACUACAUUGUAGCGCCGACGUACAUGAACCUACGAGCUAACAACACACUCUGCAAGGCAUAUGUGGAAGACAUGGCGGCAAUCGGGCAGACAAUCCAGCUUCAUCAGGCAAAGCCAUUCAACGCAUCGACGGAUAUGGGAAACGUUUCGUAUCAUGUGCCUAGCUUCCAUGGCGCCUUCGUCAUCCCCACCUCGCCAGAUGUGGCAGGCCACAAUCCCAAAUUCGCGGCUGCUGCUGCAACUGACGAAGCUCACAAGGCGGCUCUUACAUGCGCCAAGGGUAUGGCGAUGCUUGCCGUAAGAGUGCUUGUUGAUGAUACUAUUGCAUCACAGGCGAUGGAAGACUUUGGAAGCCCAGAUGAGGACUGAAAGAGAAACUUUGGGGAAAGUAAUGUCCAGCAUUUAAUAUCAACAAUGCUACAAUGUCAAAUACCUGG